AUGACUAAAAUCAAAAUAGAUGCCAAGCUCAAGGCCUUGGGAAAGAUGUCUAUUGCUUUGGAUGCACUUCGAUCAGAAUAUUAUAUUGCUGUGCCUGAAAAGGAUGAUACUUCUGAAUUAGAAGAGGAAUUAUUAGAUCUAGAAGCAAGAAUCGACGAUCUAGAGGUAAGUUUCAAUCAAAUAUUAAUUGAUAAUGUUGCUAAUAUUAAUAAGGUUGAUAUCGCAAAGAGUAGUUGUAAAAUAAAGUUACCUGAAAUUCCACUUCCACGAUUUAGCGGAAAGUAUGAAGAAUGGAGCAUGUUUAAAAUGGAAUUUAAUAAUAUUGUUACCUCGAAUACUCAAUUAACAGAUGCACAAAAGCUACAUUAUCUGCAUGCCGCUCUUAAGGGAGAAGCAAAAUUGUUGCAAACCCAGGAAGAUACUUUUGAAUCACUAUUUACGGCUUUAGAAAAUCGCUUCGAAAACAAGAGAAUUCUUGUUAAUACUGACAUUAAAGCUAUUUUAGAAUUCGAAAAAAUUAUUCAUGAAUCAUCGAAAGAAUUAAGGCGUCUAGUAGAUGCUAUGAAUAAAACCAUUACAGCUUUAAAUAAUUUGGGUUUCGAACGAAGCAAAUUCUCAGAUAUUUUAAUUACUACUGUCAUUUUAGACAAAAUAGACAAGGAAACUCGAAAUUCGAAUUAUCGGUACACGCUUCAGAUGUUCCUAAUUUCGAUAACUUGA